CGAUUAUACUCAAACGUCCAAGAAUCUGCAAGUCCGAACUCCCUCUGCAUUUCCGGGGAUUGAAAUGGCAGCUCACUCUCUCCCGGAACUGCACUUAACAAACACACAAAGCUUCCAAUCUAAAAUCAGUGUAAAACCUGAUCCGUCUUCUUCAUUGGUUGUUUUCUCUGUAAAACGGCAACUAAUAGGCCUACAAAGGCCGUGGCUUGGCAUCAAUUCUCUUCGUUCAACGUCUUCAAAUCCCACACCAACCCGAGUCCGCCCUCUCACCGUGACUGUCGUCUCCACCCUCCCUACCGCGAAGCCAGAGAGAUUCACUUCCGGCGAGAAAGUGCCCAAAUGGUCGUGGAAAGCAAUUAAGACAUUUUCUAUGGCUGAGCUUGAAGCGAGGAAGCUCAAGUACGCAACUACCGGAACCGAAGCUCUUCUCAUGGGGAUUUUGAUUCAAGGAACCAAUCCCGCUUCGAAAUUUUUGUGGGAAAAUGGAAUUACACUUUUCAAAGUACGUGAAGAAACUGUAAAGUUAUUAGGAAAAGGUGACAUGUAUUUUUUCAGUCCUGAACAUCCUCCUUUGACUGAAGAUGCGCAGAGAGCUCUUGAUUGGGCGGUUGAUCAAAAAUUAAAAUCUGGUGGCAAUGGGGAAAUUACGACAAUUGAUGUACUUCUAGGCGUUUGGUCUGAGGUUGAAUCACCUGGUCACAAGAUACUUGCAACUCUUGGCUUCAGUGAUGAAAAAGCCAAAGAGCUGCAGUCUUUAACUUCACAACCUGGAUUUACAGAUGGGUAAUACCUGCCUUUUGACAUUUUUUGGCAUCAUUGAUGUAAUCUUUUUACUGAAUGACCGUCCACAAUGAAGUUUGGAACUUUUGAGGGGCAAGUUGUAUCAUGCUCAUACUUUUGUACUUCUCUUUGCGGUCGUGUGUUGUAGAUACACCCAUAAUUUGUUUAUGAUCUCUUUCAGUUCUCGUA